AGGACUCUCACUGAGUCUGGCGUACCACGCUCACAGCUCGUAAGCUACCCAGACAACGACCGGCGCAUCUUCCUUGUAAAAAAAAACGCGAUGAAGAGCGUUAUACUGGCUGUAAUCGCCUUGUGCGCGUCGUGGACACAUGCUCAGACAUUGACUGUCACCAAUAUUGCUGGUGCUACAGUUGUGGAAGUUGUUACAGUAAACCCCAUCAACGGUCUUGCUACAACACAAACACUGCAAACCGUUACCGGAGUCACCACGAACCCUUUGUCCACAAAUACCCUCUUAACUACUACUACUACCCCAGCUGGACCACUUCAAACUAUAGCAACUACUACGACUACACAGAAUCAAGGCCCCGUUGAACAGCCCGGAUCAACAGUCCUAGUACCAGGGGGACCUACCCCAUACACCUAUACCACUACAAAUGCAGCUGGCUCUACCGUCGCCGUGUUAGCAACAUUUACACCUACAGGGCCUGCCACUGUAUUGCCAACCCCAACAACUACCGGCACAAUCCUCAACUACUCAUCGUAUCUAGCUUCGGCCGGGACGAGCGCAGUAGGAACAUCUAGUGCAACUCGCCGGGCAUUCUCGCUCUCCAGCGGUUGGUAUGGACUGGUAGCAAGCACGAUGCUGGGCAUUGGCGGUGGUGCAUGGUUCAUAAUGUUGUAAGGCGCACGUUACAUACCGAUGUGACUCGAAGGACAGUCGAUAGGACAGUCAAUCUAGUAGAUGGACUCUUCAUGUUUGAUAAACACAUCAACUUUAUGGUUGUGUUGCCUACUUAGACACUCGUUACAUGUUAUCUCGGGUUAUUUUAGUUACUCUGUUGUCCCCUUCGUCUAUCGACAACAGUACUUAUUUACCUUGAUACCACAUGAUGGAUUUUGACCUGUCAAAUGAAAUCCUUGUCGAUGACCUAGUACCUACUGUAUUCAGAUGCGUGCCGGUGAUCAAGCAGUGAUAAA